CGCACACACGUUGACGGUUUUUCAAAACUUCCCGCCAACCGCACGCUUCACGCAACGGCUACAGACUGCACCGCUCGCUUCCGACAACAACCACAACGACGAUGAUGGCAACAAGACACGCUGGGAAGAUGAUGCUGGUGGCAGCAGUGGCCUGCCUGAUGAUGGUCACUGCGCGUGUGGCCGCCAGUGGCGACAGUGACGUGCACACCGUUGCUCACAAGCUGCGCGGUUCCCUCCCAGAGAGCGGCGCACGCGUCCUCAGCGGCAAGUCAUACUACUACGAGACGGAGCCCCAGCCCCUCAUCGACCCCCAGAACGUCAUGCGCAACCCGCUCCUCCUCGUCUCCGAGCACAUUGUUGGCACCUCCGACAACGAGUGCAAGGUCACCGUCAAGAUCCCUGGACGCAACGAUGUCACUGACACCCAAGUCUCCUUCUCCCCAUUCACCAACGCCACCCUUUCCUUCAGCAAGGGCGCCAACGUGGACAUCCACACAGAGAUUGACGCGUGCCGCAUGUCUGGUGUGCUGGGCGGCAUUGCCGUGAUGAUCCUGGCGCCCGCCCUGGUCGCCGUGCCGGCCGUCCUGCGUCCCGUCAUGUUCCUUGUCAGCGCGGUCGUGUACCCUGUCUCCGCCGUCACGCGCGACUCCCGCCCCAGCCGCCUCACCUUUGUUGCCGCGCUCGGCGUCAUUGCCACCUUCACCCUGCAGCGGGCCGUGGUUGAGCUCGUGCAGCGCGUGGAGGAGCAGUUUGGCCUCACUGCCGUCGGCGGCGCCCUGCUGCUGCUCUCCGUGCUCGGAUACACGCAACUGGAGGCCACGGGCCAGCCCGAGGACCUGCGCCGGUAUGUGCAGAUUGCCCUGCAGCUCGUUGCGCUCAUCGUCAUCCAGACAAGCUGCCAGGACAUUGAGGCCGGGUGGGUCAUUGGCAUGCUCGCCUUUGUUGUCUCUGCAUGGCCCACGCUGUUCAACGGCCCCGCCACCGCCGCUGCCGAUGAAGGCAAGCAGGCCGAGGACGUGCAGGAGCAGGAGUACACCAUGACCGCCACAGCGACCACCACCACCGCCACGACCGGCGCCUCUGCCGUUGCGUCGCCGGAGCAGCAGCGCGUGCCGGAGUUUGCCGCGCUUGUCUCUGACGAUGAGGUUGACAUUGAUGAGGACGAGGAGACGGGCGAGGUGCGUGUUCGCCAGGUGCGCACGCGCCGCUACAUCACCCGUGCCGCCAGCAGCCAGGAGCCCUCGGAGUCGCUGCUCUCCGAUGACGAGGAGCCCUCUGUGCCUGUCCAGCAGCAGCGGGAGGUGCAGGAGGAGGUGCAGCCACGCCGCCUGCCACAGCGCACCACCCGCACGCGUCCCCAGCGCACCCGGUCCGCCACCCGCGCCGCCACGCGUUCGUCGGCCUCGAAGCCAGCCCGCUCCUCAAGCAGAAAGACACGCGCAGCAGCAGCAGCAGCAGCAGAGUCCUCGACCCCUGUGUCGCCGAGCCGCCGCGUGUACAACAAGGACGAGGUGGCCCGCAUGUCCAACCAGGAGGUUGCUGCUGCCCUCAAGGCUCGUGGUAUCGCCCGCCCCGUCACAGAGUCGACGCGCCGCUUUGUGGAGAAGCUGCUUCUCAAGUGAACGCCGCUGCUCCAUUCCCACCAACUGCGACAGCCGCAGGCUCCCUGUUGUCCCACGCAUACUCACCCACGCUUCCACACACUACCUCCUCCCUCCUCGUGACGCUCUUAACCUGCCACCGCCGUCUUUCUUCAUUUGUCUCGCGCCUUGUUGUUGUUGUUGUUGUCGGCUUUUGUCGUUGGCCCCAAUCACUACCAAGUCCUUUCCUCCUCCUUCUCCUCCCCCCCCCCCAAGCACCCACACACGCUUUCGCUGUGUGUCAUUUCCUCUCUCGUGUCAGUUGAGUGUGUUGCUGUAUGCACACGGUGCGAUUGCGUGCAGCAUGACUUUGACGUUGCGUGCUGUACCCGUUUCAGUGUCGUCUUUGUCCUUUUUGUUUUGCCUUCACGUGCAUUGUGUGCGUGUGCACGCCGUUUGUCUAUUUCUUCUCUGUUGUGUGUUCGCGGCUAUUUGUUUGUUUGUUUGUUUGUUUGUUUGUUUGUUU